AUGCAGGUGUCCAACUGUGACCGAUGCUACCGGCGGAAGGGGCGGUGCGACAAGAAGCAGCCGUGCUCGACUUGCUCUCGUGGUGGCGUGCCUUGCACCUACAGCGACCGGACUAAGGAGCGGCGCUAUACCGCUGACCACGUCGAGCGUCUGGAGCGGAAGAUCCGGCAAGCAGAAGCCCGCAACCACGAGCUGACCGACGAGCUUCAACGAACGAAGGUGAGCCACCGCGGAUCCGCCGCCGACGGGCAUGAACCUACCGCCGACGGUCCGUCGACAGCCAGGAGUGUGGACCCUGUGAGCGAGGUAUCGUACCUCUCCAUCAACGCAGCAGGCGAGAGGCAGCCAUACCUGGGCUCAACGAGCGGCGUGCUCUUUGCCUCUUUGGUUCGUAAUAGUGUCAACGUACCGCAGUCCCGACAAGCAUCUCCUCCACCCCACGGCCCUCUCGAAGAUGUGACAGCAGCAGCAGGCACAGCAUCGUUAAGGAAGCUGGAGGACUUGCCUUCUCGAAGUCUUGUAAACCGACUAUUCUCAGCCUAUCUGGACCACGAUGCUCUCAUUUACCCGUUCCUGGCUCCUUCGUUUCUUUUGGAGACUACAGAGAAACUCUACGCUGAUCCCACGUACUAUGCAUCGGCAGCCUCAGCCUUCGAAGUCUUUGUGUUUCACAUGAUCCUGGCCAUCUCGACAACACAGUGCUUCAAGCAUGACUGGCAAAUGCUACCUGGCGCCGAGAUGCAUCAUGCUUGUGCGAUGAAAGAGCUCAACCCAGUCAUGGCUUCUGGUGGAAUUCAGAGUCUCCAGGCCAUUCUGCUCUUGUGCCAGUUUCGAACCGGAAGCAGCGUAAAGGACAAUUCAGCAAGUAUGUGGCAUUUGGUCGGUAUCGCUUCUAGAUCUUGCCUCGAGCUGGGCCUACAUCGUGAAAGCACUUAUACGAUGCAACCAUCUACAGAUCUGGAGCCGCAUCAAUUAGAGGUCUACCGCAAACAGGAAACUGCAAGGCGGUGUUUCUGGUCAGUCAUUGCAAUGGACCGGAUCUGUAGCCAGAUACUUGGAAGACCGCUUGCCAUUCGUGAUGAGGAUGUUGACGCUUUGCUGCCGUCUUCUAGUUACGAUACCGUGAUCACAAGGCCGCUGGCAGCAAAAAUAGCUGGCGUGAGCCGCAUCAGGAUUUUCAACCAUGUCAUUACGUAUCGCCUGCUCUGUGGGAGACUGUUGUCAACAUUGCACCGAAAGAGGGCACCAGAAAUGACAGUGGCUGACGCGAUGAACGUUCGAGACAAAUUUGCUGCUGAACUGGAGAAAUGGAACGACGGCUCGAAAGAUCUAGGGCUGUCCGACUCUACCGACACGGCCUCUCGCCAGCAAUCGUGCUACCUGUCGAAAGUUUGGUACGAAGUUCUCUACGCUAAUGCUGCGCUGAUGAUCUGGCGCCCGUCUCCGUUACUCGCCGACAUCACACAUGAUCAGCCCAUGCUCCAGAAGAUCUUCGACUCUGCGACCCACGCUGUGAAUACUUACUCGGCUCUGCACAAGUCGCGGCAGAUCAACUACAGCUGGGUGACUCUCCAGUCCAUUUUCAUGGCUGGGCUGAGCUACAUCUAUGCAGUCUCGCGUCACAUGCGCGAGGCACGGCAACCGACAACUUCGAAGACUUGCUUGCUGGCCCAAGACCCGAGUACCAUUGAGAUCAUUAACGUUACACGAGCUUGCUCGAAUGUGCUGGUCGCAGUAGCAGAGCGAUGGAGUGUCCUUCGGCAUUGCCAUGAAGUGUUCGAUCGGCUCAGCGAUGCUGUCUUAGCGGAUGCCAUAAAGUUGCAGACAUCUCCUGCGGCCGUCGCUCACACAACACCAGUUCAACAAUCUCACCUUCAUCAUGCUCACCAAAAUAACACCGGACUGGCCGCGAACAACACACAAUCCGAGCAACUGCAAUUGUGGAAUCCCGCUCCUUACCCUGUGCCAGACUACCCAGACACUCUUCAUCCAUCUCCACUCGCCGUCGACAACGAGUUUCUCCAUUGCUUCGAUGAUCUGCAGCAGCUUUACAAUCACCAGCAGCUCGAAGAUCCCGUAAUGCACCUCUCCCAGGACUGGAUGGCGUACCUCGGUGGUCCUUACGACGCAAACGCAUACGGCAAUCACAUGUUUGGGUGA